AUGGACAGACGCUUUCAACGGCAGCUCCGGAGCGAGUCACGACGACCACGGCAACGAGGUCCACUCGAUGGCGAGGAAGCGCAGCCGCAGGUUCACAGAAACGCGCUGAUCAUGUUUGCCUCGAAGGUGACCGGCAAGGUCAUUGAAGAUCAGGACGACUAUUGGCCAAUCUUUGUGAUACUGGAAGCGCUGCUGACCUUCAUUCUUUGGGUGAUUGGUGCGACCAGCGAAGAAGAGUUCUUCUCUGCAAAAGCGGGCUUGGACUCGAUCUUUCCUGGCCGGACGAACAUGGCCACUCAUCAGGACUGUGCAGACUUGCGAUUCCAAGUUUGGAGAUGGUUGACGUAUCAGUUUAGCCAUUCCGGUCUUUCGCAUUUGGGUCUCAAUAUCUUCAUGCUGUUGGUGGUGGGCAUUCGUCUGGAGAGAUAUCAUGGGCACUGGCGCACUUUGGUGAUCUUCAAUCUGGGCGUCAUUUGUGCCGCCUUCAACUUCGCAGUGAUCGAUGGACACGCUAGCCUCAUAGGCAUGUCUGGUGGCGUCUACGCUUUGAUGGGCAUGACCUUUGGCUCCUUGAUCCUGAACUGGCACGACACGCGCUACCGUCGACCCGAGCUGUUCAUGCUAGUGCUUCUCUUUCUCUUGGACUUGGCUUUCGCUUAUUUCGAUAGCACGUCUGCCGAUAGUGAGACCAGUCACUCUGCGCAUUUUGGUGGUUAUGCUGCUGGCGUCAUCCUGGGUGUUUUGGUGGGUCGCAACCUGGAUGAAGAAGAACAGAUCCAGCACGCGAAGACGUUGCGAUGUGAGCGCAUUCUGCAAGGGAUUUUCGCCAGUACAGGUGCAGUGGCCUUGUUGUUGGUCUUCGCUUGGAUGGCGCAGUGGCCUCCGAGGACUUUGAGUGACACAACUCCCUGGUGCUGGAAUCGACAAGUCUUUAAUCAGUCGAUGUUUCCUGAUGAGUUCAGAUACCAUUGUGUCAGAUGCCAAGACCAGCAAUGCAUCAGUAUGUUCGAGGCCAUGCCAAACACUGAGAAGGUGAGUUUUCGCAUUUGCCAGCAAGCUGGCUGGAGCUACAGUCAAUGA